GGGGCGCCGCCGCGACCCAGAUAGGCUGGGCGAACGCGGGAGCGGGCGGCGGCCCGUCGCCUCCCUCCUUCUCGGCGGCGCCAUCCCUCGGCGCGCCCAACCCGGAACCCGGCGAGCGCGUGGGGGCGGGGAGGCGAGCGCGCAGAGCUGGCGGGCACCCCCGCGGCCCCCGGCCCCCCAGCCAUGUCGGCCGAGGAGAUGGUGCAGAUCCGCCUGGAGGACCGCUGCUACCCGGUGAGCAAGAGGAAGCUUAUCGAACAGAGCGACUACUUCCGCGCCCUCUACCGCUCCGGCAUGCGCGAGGCCCUGAGCCAGGAGGCCGGCGGCCCCGAGGUGCAGCAGCUGCGCGGCCUCAGCGCCCCGGGCCUGCGCCUGGUGCUGGACUUCAUCAACGCCGGCGGGGCCCGCGAAGGCUGGCUCCUGGGCCCGCGGGCGGAGAAGGGCGGUGGGGUGGAGGAGGAAGAGGAGAUGGACGAGGUGAGCCUGCUGGCGGAGCUGGUGGAAGCGGCCUCCUUCCUUCAGGUCACGUCUCUGCUGCAGCUGCUGCUGUCCCAGGUGCGGCUCACCAACUGCCUGGAGCUGUACCGCCUGGCGCAGGUGUACGGGCUGCCCGACCUGCAGGAGGCCUGCCUGCGCUUCAUGGUGGUCCACUUCCACGAGGUGCUGUGCAAGCCCCAGUUCCACCUCCUGGGGGCUCCUCCUCAAGCCCCCGGGGAUGUCAGCCUGAAGCAGAGGCUGAGAGAGGCCCGGAUGACCGGGACUCCCGUCCUCGUAGCCCUGGGGGAUUUCUUGGGGGGGCCCCUGGCCCCUCACCCCUACCAAGGGGAGCCCCCAUCCAUGCUCAGGUAUGAGGAGAUGACUGAACGUUGGUUUCCGCUGGCCAACAACCUUCCUCCCGACCUGGUGAACGUCAGGGGUUACGGGUCCGCCAUCCUGGACAACUACCUCUUCAUAGUGGGCGGGUAUAGGAUCACUAGCCAGGAGAUCUCGGCUGCGCACUCCUACAACCCCAGCACCAACGAGUGGCUCCAGGUGGCCUCCAUGAACCAGAAGAGGUCUAACUUCAAACUUGUGGCUGUUAACUCAAAACUCUAUGCCAUUGGUGGGCAGGCCGUUUCUAAUGUUGAGUGUUACAAUCCUGAGCAGGAUGCCUGGAAUUUUGUGGCACCCUUACCAAAUCCUUUGGCUGAGUUCUCUGCGUGUGAGUGUAAGGGAAAAAUUUACGUCAUUGGAGGAUAUACCACCAGAGACCGCAACAUGAACAUUUUGCAGUACUGCCCCUCGGCCGACAUCUGGACACUCUUGGAAACCUGUGAUGUCCACAUUCGUAAGCAGCAGAUGGUAUCUGUUGAGGAGACCAUCUACAUCGUGGGCGGCUGUCUGCACGAACUGGGGCCCAACCGGAGGAGCAGCCAGAGUGAGGACAUGCUCACCGUGCAGUCCUACAACACGGUCACGCGGCAGUGGCUCUACCUCAAAGAGAACACGUCCAAAUCAGGUCUUAACUUGACUUGCGCGCUUCAUAACGACGGCAUCUACAUCAUGAGCAGAGAUGUGACCCUGUCCACCAGCCUGGAACAUCGAGUUUUCCUCAAGUACAACAUCUUCUCAGACAGUUGGGAAGCAUUCAGGCGUUUCCCAGCCUUUGGACACAACUUGCUGGUCUCCUCUCUUUAUCUGCCCAAUAAAGCAGAGACAUGACUGAACUGACUUAGGAUUUAAAAGAAACCUGGUUCAAGGCAGAAAAAGAAAAAAAAAUGUAGUGUCCCAUUUCCAGGGAGGCCGAUUUCUAAAAGGAAAACGUGGGUUGAAGUAGGUCACAUGUACAAUAGCUGUAAAUAAGCUUACUUGAACUAAUUACUUGAAAACUUGUGGAGAAAAGAGACCAACUUUAUUAUUUUUUUAAUUAUUGAUUUUUAAAUGAUGGGAGCAAAUCCAUGAUAAUAUUUUCUUCCAAAUAUGGUACCCUUGGGCCAGUGACUGAAACUAAUCAUCAAAAAGAAGAUUCACUGUGUCUGCUUUAGUAAAGGGCCAAAGUCAAUAGUUGACGUGAACGGUAAAGAUCAUUUUAAAAUCCGUUUUAUUUAGGUCACUUGAAAUAUCAUUAAUACCUUAAGGGAGAGAUUUUUAUUGUUGCUAUUCAUUUACUUGACAAACAUUUAUAUUAACACUGUCAUUCACCCCUUUUCUCCCCUAUUCAUACCCACAUAUACUUCCAGUGGUUUAAAAAUAGGGUUCUAUGUUUAAUUAUUUUAUUUGCACACUGCUUUCCAGGAAAUUUACAAUGAUGGAGCCCUACAGUGAGUCCUUGCAAGAAUCCAGUCCUCCCAAAACCUUUUUUAAAAACAUUCUCAGCUAUUUUUCCAAACUUUUUUGCAAUUAUGUGUACUGAAUAGACAGAUGUAACCUCUUAUUUCAUUUAGGUGGCAGAUUGCAAAUUUAUGUGGUCAGAUAAGUUGCAUUGCUGGGCAUUCCGUAUUGUUUAAAAGAGAGGAUAUAUUGUUUAGAAGGAUGGAUAUAUAUAUAUAUAUUUUUUUUUAAAUCGAGUCUUAGAUUUAAAUGGGAAGGGAAGGGAAGACCAAAUAAGAACAAAAAUUGCCUUUAAGGUUACUUUUAAUGAAUGUAUUUGACUUAGUUCUGUUUAUAAGGUAAAAAUAGAUAACUUUAUCACCUUUAGAUCAGCCAUCUUUCUAAUUUAAUCUUAGCCUUUUAAUUCAUGCUUUGCUUUUAUGAGGGAAGGUGAGGAUAGCUGUGGAACUUUGGUGCUGGAGAGGGAAGGAGCUCGUUAGAAGAGGAAUGGCCUCUGGUGGUAUCUUUGAAAUUUGGUAAGGUGCUCUACUUGUCUUGGUCAUUGAAUCAGAUGGAACCCAGCUCCAGCAGUAGUCAAUAAGUCAGUUGACAUGAAUAAAAAGCUUCUGCCAAUCCUAGCUCCAUCCCUUUAAAAACGUAUACUUACAGAAAUGUUAUUCUUUCUGAACUUCUCUGAUCUUUUGUAAUGGAAUCAGUGAAACUGGGAGCUGGAGUCCAUCCUUCUGCUCUAACACUCCAGCUACAGUGAGCCUCACUUUAAGAACGUCCGCAGAACAACAACAAAAAAAAGUGAUCAUGGCAAAUCUGUGUGUCCCGCAGACAGUAUCCAGUACCUCCUGUAGGCAUUUGCUGCGUAGACAUGGUGCAGAGGGUUGAUCACUUCAGUGGAGUUCCCCAGGUUCUCACAAGGUCACUACAGGGUUUCUUGACAAUCAUGGCCUGCGAGUAGUGAAAUUCAGGGUCUGGUUGUAAAAAUUCUAUUUGCACAACUUUUCAGGAAUACUUCUAUUAAGUAAAUUGAGGCAAGCCUUUAUUGUGCACCUGGAGACAGCUCUUGGAUCUUGUCACCAAAUAAUCAUAUCAGUACUCUAUUUACACUACUUAAGGGUUUCUAAGCCAUACCCAUUCGUUCUCAAAUACUUAGCCUUUUUUUUUUUAAACUCUGAACUGAAAUCUUCUUGGGGAUGGUACUUUAAUAAUAGAUUUAUAUUAAUUUAUAUUCAUUAUGGAAUUGAAUUUCCAGUGACCUAUAAUUUCACUGCAUAUAUUUAAAAAUCUAAUUUAUUUUAGAUAGUGUUAACUUUUAUUGCUACAGAUCUUAACUUUUUUUUAAAGCUUAACCUUGUAUAUUCAGAAGAUUCUAGCCAGUUGAAUUAGUUCUGGACAAUUAGACCUUAGCUUGUAAAUAACCACAUCAUAUAAAAUGUAAUAUUGUUGCUGCCAACCAGUUCUCUUCCUGAUUACAUUCUUUGGGUCUGUUUUCCUCAUGCCAACAAUUAGAUUCUUGGACCAAGUGAAGGCAUACUCUGAUCCACAAAGCUCUUUUUAUAAACCGGGUUUGAUGUGUGUGUAUGUGCUUAUUAUCUGUGUGUGUGUGAGUGUGUGUGCGUGUGCAUGCACGCACGUCCUGGCAUAUUAUAUCUCUAAGAUACACAGACUUCUAACAAAGUUUUUGUUACUCUGGACUGCCAGCAGUACUUGGGCAAGGCGGAAUGUGCAAUAAGAACAGAUCUGUGGAUUUGGGUCGUCAUCCUUCCUGCUGUGCACAUCAGCUAUGUUGGCAUUUUGAGGAUAAUUUUAAUUUAGCUGUGUUCUCAUGUUGGUGCCAAUGUUGUAGUGAAGACUCUACCUAUAAUGAGGGAAUGUUGUUUUGAAAAUCCCCUGUCAUCCCCCAGGACUUUGCUUUUUUUUUUUUUCCCAAUUAAGUGUGUAUUUUAAUUCCAGUAUAGUUAACAUACAGUGUUAUAUUAGUUUCAGGUGUAUAAUAUAGUACUCUUUGAUAAUAUCCCUCUAUUUUCUUCCUUUCUCUAAAUGCUUCAUCCUUCUUUUCUGACAUGCUUCUGAGGAGUGCCAAUCUCCCACUAUGGUGAGGGGAGUUAACGGGAGGACCCCAGCUCGUGGGAGGACCCCUGCUAGUGGGAGCCACCUUGCCAGAAGCAACCUAUUUUACGAAGAAUGGUCUGAGUGGCAGAGUGAGUCCUGAGUGUGGAUUGGUAGAGGGAGGUUGGUUCUCCCUGUCAUUCUUCCUGGCUUUCUUCUUAACACCCUUGGUUUCAGAGGCCUCUCCCCUUAGCAUCCUUGAAAGUUUUUCUGAUGAAAGUGUAGGAGUUGAUUAUUUCGACAGUGUGAGUUAAGUCAUAACAAUGAAGUACUGAGAAGGUUAUGGAUUCUAUUAAGAAACAAAUAGAUUAAGCAUGAAUACCAAAGAGAAUUGAUCUUGGCCAUGUUUUUUUGAACCAAAAUCCCAAGUAAUUGCAAAUGCCUUAGAUGUCAAUGAUGUCAAUUAAAGUUGUACUGAGAUGGACAAAGCCCUUUCUCUCCGAAGGGAAUUAGAAGGAAAUGCUUGUUUUCUUUCAGUAAAGAUUUACUUAAUGAGCAUUGUAAAUACCAUGUUUUCAGAUUUCCAGGUAAAGUCAUGACCAUACCUGUUUGGCCACACAGGUAAAUCGAGUGGAAAGGCCCUUGGCCUUCUUGAUCAACCAACAUCUAAUGAGCAGUGGCUUAAUGCAGAGCACUUGUGAGGCAGCAUAGUGACAGGAAGGGAAUAUGGGUGAGUUGUCGGGAUGCCUUUUUCCUAGACCAGGGCUGGGGAAUAUGUAACAUGUGUGCCACCAUUCUCUGAUGGUGGCAUCAUGAAUGAGUAGUACUCCUUUCCUCUGUGCUAGGAAUUGGCCCCACAGUCCAUGUCAUCAGUGCUGCCGGGCAUCCAUUGCCCAUCCAUCAGAAUGAGAUGAAUGAAGUCUCUUUCUCAUCCUGCCUUAGACAGAGGAGUGAAUGAAUUAGGUGAGUAGAUACCACCCAGAAUGGCUUUGAAAGCACUGAGCUGAUUCAGCUCCAUUCCCUGGUUCCCAGAAAUACUUACUGAAAGUCUGUUGUGUGCAGGACAAUAUUAAGAACUAGGGAGAUAGACGUAAAUGAACCAUGUCCCUGAUCUGGAAGAGCUUACAGCUUUGUAAAAAUGUUUGCCGUAAUCAUUAUAACCCAUGUCCUCAAAGAUGCUACCUUUGGCAUACUGGGGCUUUCUGGCCUGGCCGUCUCUUCAGUCCUGACCCAAUCUGUCCACUGCUUCAUGAUCUACUAACAAUUCUAAUGAACCAGCUUUUCUCUAAAUUUGAACAUCACAACCUAUGUUUCUGUUUUAAUGGUAUGCUUUUUUUCUCACUACUUUUCAUAGUCUUCUCUGUACUUCAUCUUUCAAAAAAAAUGAUAUGUGAUCUGCUUUAAAGAUAAUUACUAGGCAUACAGCCUAUUUGGCUAAGGGCUCAGCAGCUUGAUCCCGUGAGAAGGAGGAGCAAAGUCAGGGAAGUGAGUAUUGGGGGAGAGGCGAGCUGUUCAUGUGUGUGUUUGUACCUAUGCCUUUAAAACACUUCCAUAAAAAGCAUUACUAAAUGGUCAUUAAGACACUAGUCCUGACUGAAAGUCAGUUGAUGUUGCCUGUGUGAUCACUAUCAAAGGGUGGUUUCCUGUUCUUAUGUUUCAUUCAUGUAAGAAUAUUUGCUGUUUUUCAUUUUCUUGUGUUGAUUUAGGAACACGAUAUAAAAUACACACCAGUUGACAUAAUGCUAACUUCUGCACCUGACAUAACUAUUUUUAUCCAUCCCUCUAGGACACAUUAAAUGUAAAAUAUGGUCAAUUUUGAGGAGCAAAAGGCCACUGAGAUGACUUUGGUAGUGUUGGCUGGUACUUUCUCAAAUGGAUGUCGUAGUUUAUUACUAGUAAAGAAAAGGAAAAUGUAAUUUGCAUUAUUGUGUCAUUUUUCUAAGAAAAAUCUUAGGGGGUUCUUUAGAUGUCUCUACAAUGUUUUCAUAUCUAGUGGUCAUUUUAGGAAAUUUGAUAGUCUGUAGAAUGAACAAUUAUGUUUUGUUAUGACCGACACUUUGUUAAAAAGGUUGUAUUGUGUCUUCAAGUGUGGCUUAAAAUGUAAACAUUAUGGUAUGAUUCAUUCAAAUACAAUGAUGCCUAUGAUGCACUCACUCAAAUAGCAUUUGUUCUGUGUUUAUAACUAGAACCAUAGAAGAAAAUCUCUUCAAAUAAAAUAGUUCAAAAUCUUAACAA